UCCUCUAUCGCAUCGUAUCACUGUUUUUUUCUCGGAUUUUUUUCGGUUGAUUGUAAAUUCAUUGAUUUAAUGAUAAUUUUUGAAAUGAAAUUACAAGAAAAACAUGAAUUGUGUAUGUAGAUUACCAAUUGUUAAUAUUUAAAAGGUUGAACACAAAUAAUGACCUAAAUUUGUAUAACUUUAAAUUGCGUUCAGACAGUGUAAUUCAACACAAUAUGAGUAGCAAAAAGAAUUAUGGUUUGUGUCGCUGUUGUUCUGCGAAAGGAAAUCAUAGGGAACUAACGAAGGAAUACUAUAUGAAUGGGAUCCGAGAAGUCUAUUAUGAUCUAUUCAUGGAAUGCUUUAAUCUAUUUCUAUCAACAGACCCAAAUCUGUCGCAUCUCAUUUGCUCAUCAUGCAUACAGAGAUUGCGAGAAGCAAGCAGUUUCCGCAUGAUGGUGGUUGCGACAGAAAAACAGCUGCUUAGCUGCAUCAACAGCACAGAUGAAAAGGAAACCUUUUUUGUUAAUGUUCCACCAGCUCCUGAGCUCACAGCGCAGCACGAUCUCCACAUUAAGCUGGAGUUGAAGGAGGAAGAAUAUGAACAUGAUGAUUAUGAGGAAGACUUCCACGAUGAAGGGCAUCUAGAUACAGGGAUCGACACAGAUUUGGUGGAGGGAGAAGCGGAGUUCCUAGCCAGGUACUCUAGUCUGGACGUCAAGCCGCUGCCCACGCGCAACUCUUUGUACCAGAUAUGCCCGGACUUCGUCAGGCGUUUGGACGCCAUGAAAGAUGCCGUGAUACAUCCGAGUGUGUUGACAUCACUGGUUAAAAACAAGCCCAAGAAGAUGAAACCUUCAACGUUGCUCACCGAGAAAAUGGUGCACAUAACCAAUGCCACCACCCUCAUCCAGUGCUCCAACAUCAUGCCCUUCCGAAGCAAAAACAGGUCGGGCUUCCCCUGCUUCUACUGCAGCAGCAUCUUCGAAACCGUAGACAAAUUGAGAGAUCACACACUGGGCCACGAAAAAGAUGACGUUAACAAGAUCCUGAACCGCUACGGAGCAGAGUGCAUGGUCGUAUACGCAGACGUGACGGAUCUUAAAUGCACCAUCUGCAACACUGACCUGCCAAACUUGAACGAGCUGAAAUCACAUCUCAUCAAAGUCCACAAUAAGAAAAUUUUCACCGAUUACACCGAUAGAGUCAUACCCUUCAAGUUGUCUAAUGACCACAUCUACGAAUGCCAAGCCUGCGGAUUCAACUUUGAGACUUUCGGUGCCAUAGAGAGGCAUAUGAAUACACAUUACAGGAACUACGUUUGUCACGAGUGUGGUACAGGUUUCAUAACGAAAUACCGUUUGAAAGUUCACGGGAAGAGUAUGCAUGCGGCUGGUAACUUUCCUUGCGAGGUGUGUAAAAAGGUUUUCUCCAGUCAACAGAAACAUAAGAACCAUGUUGAUGCCGUGCACAAGCUGUUGAAGCGGUUCAAGUGUGCGAAAUGCCCGGAACGGUUCAACGAAUACUUCAGAAGACAGAAGCAUAUGGUCGAAGUGCACGGAGUCGCCCCAUUACUGUACAAGUGUAACGUAUGCGACAAGUCCUUCGAGAGACGGUACACUCUGUCCAGACAUUUGAAACGGGACCACUUGGAGGAACGGGAUUAUCAGUGUGAAUUGUGUUCGUAUAAGUGUUUCACUAAUAACGAGUUGAGAGUGCACAUGGUCAAGCAUAACGGUGAAAGGAUAUUUGAGUGUUCUGUGUGUAAGAAGUCCUACGCUAGGAAGAAAACGUUGAAGGAACAUAUGCGGAUACAUAAUAAUGAUAGGCGGUUCGCGUGUGCGGUGUGCGGGCAAGCGUUUGUGCAGAAGUGUAGCUUGAAAGGUCAUUUGAAGACACAUCAUCACGAAUAUUCCUUGCAGAUGGUAUGAACUUAACUCGGGCGUCGGCAGGCGAGCGAUUAAGUUAUCAGACUAUACAAAGUGCACGGGUUUGAAUUCUACCACGGUCGCAGGGUCACGUUCAUAACGUAUGCUUCGACGGUGAAAACAUUGUCAGGAUUGUCCCACAGAUUCAGGCAACUGGAUGUAACCAAGAUUGUUAGGUUGUGUAGGUCAGACGGGAGUCGCAUCGUGUAAAAACCUGACUUACCACAUUCACGAUCUUUGUUGCCACGGACUCCUUCUGAGAAAAGAAAAUGCAGCUGGGUCUAACCCUAGCAGAAUCAUUGUAUGAAUUUGAUUUUUUUAAAGAAACUAUGUACUUACAAAGAAUAUCCGUUGUCUGAAUUUUAACACGAAAUAACCCUUGUUCUAAUAAAACUGAUAAUAAGAACUAGAAAAAUUUGUAUGUUUUAUGAUUAUGGUGCAAUAAAAUGUA